UGACAGAACACGCUGCCUAUUGGCUGGCUGAGCUUCGCUGACGCCGCGGCGCAGGCUGGGAGGUGUAGUUCGAGACAGGGGCCGAGUGACGUAGUUCGUGUGCGCCGCUGUGUGUUGACAUCAGGGCCUCCAUGGCUCUAUUUCCAGCUUUUGCGGAGCCUGCUGGUGUUGGCCCGGCUGCUGAUGAUAGAGAGCUCGACUGGCUGAGAAACGAGAGCUUUUGCUCGAAGGACGCACUGUCUCUGCAUCAGCGGUCACUGCAGGCUGAGCCGCCCCCUCGCCCGGAUCCUCCAGUUUCCAGGAGCAGUCCCUCCCCGGCACGCCAGUCCUCUGACAGUGAGGAUGGAUCAGAGGCUGCAAGGAAAAAGAAGAAGAAAAAAAAGAAGAAAAGGAAGAAACACAAAGAGCUGAAAAAGAGGCAGAGGAUGGGCGAUGGUGAUGAAUCGGAUUCCGGCUCUGAAAUAAAGAAACAUGAUUUGGAGACGUCAGCCAGAGGCGCCAGGGAGACCUCGCAGAUGUCCACCUCCGGAGUCCGCUCCAUCUGGCUGGAGGAAGCUCCGUCUGCGACGGCGGAGACAUUCAGGAUGGAUAAGAAAGCUGACCCAGCAAACUGGGAGUACAAAUCGCUGUACCGAGGAGACAUAGCGAGAUACAAGAGGAAAGGUCAUUCCUGUUUGGGCAUUAACCCUAAAAAACAGCAGAUUGUAUGGGAGGGCGCCCCUGAGAAGAAGCAAUCUCACAAGAAGCCAGAGCGGUACCACAGCAGGAGCGCAGUACAGAUGCUCCGGAUCCGGGCAGAGCACGUGGCUUGCGGUAAGGACACUACGGACGCGCCAUCUGCCGGCUUCAUUCCGGUGAUAGACUAUGACCCAGACACCUCCUCGGCCUCUGCUGCCCGCACCAGCUGGGUGAAUCCUCUGGGCGUCUAUGACGACUCCACCUCAAUGUGGCUACAAGGCAAAGGAGGCCCAGAGGACAAGACUCCGCCCGCCGCUCCCAGAGACACGGAACUGCUGGGGAAGGUGGAGGAUUAUAAUCGGAGGAUCCGAGAGAACCCCGGAGAUGUCCAGACGUGGAUGGCGUUCGUCUCAUUUCAGGUAUUUCUCAUCUCUCCUGCAUUGUGCAAAUUCUGCUGCCCGUCUGGGUGCUCAACCUGCGGCCCUCCUGCUGUUGAGAAAAAAUCAUGUAAUACACUUGCUUGCCUGUUGCUGAACACCCUGUUCCUGUUUCCGUUCCUGGCAGAGAUCUUCCUCCAGCAGUGUCACUUCCUGCGGCAGGCUGGCCACUGUGAGAAGGCGGUGUCCUUGUUCCAGGCGCUCAUUGACUUCACCUUCUAUAAGCCAGACAGCGUGAAGGACAUGACCACCAAGGGGCAGGUGGAGUUUUUUGAGCCAUUUUGGGACAGCGGUGAACCUCGAUUUGGAGAAAAGGGGGCAAAGGGUUGGAGCUCAUGGAUGCGCCAGCAAGAGAAAGGAGGCUGGGUGGAUAACUUGGGGUUGGAGGAAGAGGAGGACGUGGAGGAGGAGCUCGAUAUAAAAGACAAGAGUCUUCCCCGUCCUAAGAUCUGGCUGGACAUGGAGAGUUUGCGGGAGGCGCGACAUUUCUUACCAUGGCGUGCGGACCCAGAUAAGCAGACAGAGGAAGACUGCGAGGAUCCCGAGAGACAGGUUCUCUUCGAUGACCUCGGACCGUCUAUGUUCAGGAUCACCAGCCCGGCAUUGAAGUUCCAGUUGAUGAUUUCCUUCCUGCAGUUCCUCGGUGUCCCCUGCGGCUCUCGGCCCCCUGCGGCUUGUCUCUACCUCGCCCUGGAUGAGCUCUCCCUCUUUGACCACGUGCCGGCCGGUGAGAGGUUGGUGACUUCAUUGGAGGCCCCUCUGGCCGGGGUCAGUACAGUCGGUCAUCUCAACACGAUAAGCAGAGGGAGGCAGCAGAUAGGCCACUGUAAGGAAGGUGAGCGCUUCAUACAGAACGUCUUCCAAUCCGCAAUGUCCUUGUUCCAGGGACAAGAGAAGAUGACGCUGUGUGUCUGCUGGCUGCAAUACGAAAUCUCCAAGGUUGUCCAGUGUAUUGGAACACAGAGGAAGAAGCAGCUUAAAUCCCAGGGGAAGAGGAGUAGGAGACUUGCCAAAAAUCUGCUGAAAGAGCCAUGGAACCGGAACAGCCUGGCGCUGUGGAAGGAAUACGCCCUCCUGGAGUGGCUGCUGGGGAACACUGAGGAGGCCAGGAAGGUGUUCGAUGCGGCCAUCAGCCUGGCGGGAGGCAAAGGGUUAAAGGACCAAGAACUCUGCAACCUCUGUCUACUGUAUGCAGAGCUGGAAGGGGGGGUAUUGGACCCUUUGGAGGGGGGUGGGGGGUCUCGAGCGGUUCAUAUCCUGGCCAGCCUAGCAGAAAGUUCCCUUUACAAACCCUAUAAUGGACCUACUCAGUCUAUUACCAUUUUGAAAGCCCGAAAAACCUACGAGCGCGUUCUGCAGGACAGCUUGAGUUCGCCGCCCUCUGCGUCGCUGGUCACCUUAACGGGGUGUUAUGCACUUUUCCAAUACCUCACUGUCAGCAUGGAGGCUGCCGCUGCAGUGUUCAGGCAGGUCACUGGCUCGCUGUCGCCCCCUGCAGCUGGGUGUGGAGAAUCGCAGGACUCGUACAGCCCUCUGCAGGCCGUGAAGCUGAUGCAAAUUCACUUGUUCACACAUCACAUUAAGGUUGGCGUGUGCCCGCGGGCGCCUCUCAGGGACGCGUUGUUGGAUGCUUUACGGCUGUAUCCCAACAACGUCGCCUUGUGGAACUCCUACAUCCGGACUGAGAGCAGGUCUCACAAUAUCAGCAAAGCCAGGAGGUUCGUCGAUGGGGUCAGGAGGACGUCGGAUGCCCUGGAGCCAUAUCUGUUCGCCAUUCGGGCGGAGCAAGAUAGGAAAAAGCUGCAGGAAUCUGUUCAAAGGGUGGACGUGAGAGAGGCGCACACACUAUUCCCAGAGACUGGCUUGUCCAAUCGCAUCAAGGCCUUGUUUGAGCACUGUGUGGUCACGGAGCGGGGGUCCCGAUGUGUGCUGCUCUGGAGGAUGUACCUGCACUUCACGGUUUCUUUGGGACAUGGUGACAGGGGACGAGGUCUCUUCUACAAAGCAAUACAGAGCUGCCCAUGGGCUAAGGUGCUCUACAUGGAUGCCGUGGAGUAUUUUCCUGAGCAGUUGCAGGAGAUUGUUGAUCUGAUGACAGAAAAAGAGCUGAGAAUUCGCCUUCCUCUGGAAGAGCUGGACUUACUAUUAGAAGAUUAAUUAUCCAUGCGUGUUGCAGCAAAAAUCCCUUUUUACAAUAACUUUAUAUAGAGCAAAAGUAUCCUAUUUAUAUAAAAAUAAAUCUACCCGGGUUGUUGUGAUUCAGCAGCUUGGUAUAUGGAAUA